AUGGAGGAUCCACGGCUGCGAACUCGGCGCCCAUUUAGCUGCACGGAACCAGGAUGUGAACGGUCGUUUCUCCGCCAGGAGCAUCUUCAACGGCACCGUCUCAAUCAUCAGCCAGCGGAGAUCUUCACCUGUGAUAUCUGUCCUAAAUCAUUUGUUCGGCAGGACCUCUAUCGCCGACAUAAGUCACGCCACGCAAAGGGCAUGUUCUUCAGGAAUACCGGAGGAGUCGUUAAUCAACCAUCCUCCUCCUCCACUUUACCUUCAUCAAAUGAGAAAACAGGCAUAUCAGAGCCGCUUCAGAAUUAUCAUAUACCUGCAGUUCAGAUACAGAACGCAGGGAGUUUAUCCGAAGAAGAGACACUUACUUCAGAAAAGAACGUGCUAUUCGGAACAAAAGACAGUAGCCUGGAUUCCUUCUGGGCAGAGUGCACUCAGGUUCCUAGUGCUCAAGACGGCUUAGAUUGGUUUUUUGAGCCUUUGCAGAAUAUUAGUGACUUGACUGGCCCUCCUCUGGCCCAAUUCGAAACCGACUUAUCUUCAGCACGCGAUGCAGACAAUCAAGUAGCGAGACAUGAUACAGAAGGAGGAGCACUUAAUCUUCCUAUGGAUGUCAACAACGAUCAAGAUAAGGACUGGAAGUUUGCACGAUCCAACAUUCUUGACUCUCUCAAUCAGCUCGAUAUCCGGGUCUUGACGUCGUCAUUUUUUGAGGUUGACAACCUCAAGAUGUUUUUCGACCUCUAUUUCAAAAACUACCAUCCGCAUUUUCCCAUCAUCCACCAAGCAACAUUCUCAGCAACUGCCUGUCAUCCGCUCCUUUUGAUUACAAUCCUGAACUUGGGUUCUGCGAUGUCGAUGGAUGAGACGCUUUUCCAUCUCGGACAGCAGGUGCAUCAUUCUCUGCGGCUGAUCAUUCUCAACAGCGGGAUAUUUGAGCCCCCGAUCCCUCUCUGGUGCCUCCAAGCUCUCCUCUUGGUGCAAGCUUUUGGGAAGAUGAUUUCUUCACGGAAAGAUUAUGAGAUGGCACAUAUAUUCCACGGAACAAUCCUCACUAUGAUGAAAAGAGGGAGCAUUUAUCUCAAAGCUUCCAGCUCGCAACCAGCAGAGCCUAAUGAGCUUCCCCAAACAAGCUGGCGCCGCUGGAUAAGCGAAGAAUCUUGGCGCCGGACCGCGUUUUUCGCGUUUGUCAUGGAUGCCCAGCAUGCCUGUGUAUUCGGACACUCCCCCGUGCUUUCGGUAAUUGAUAUGCGGAUCGCGCUUCCUUGUCUUGAGCCGAUAUGGGAGUGUCCCUCUGCAGAAACAUGGCAAACGCUGAAUCGAUCCGAAAUGACCGCAUCGCUCUUUUUGCCGACUCUCAAGUCCCUGCUCAGGGAGAAUGAGGUCCCGCCACACUGCAGUGAAUAUGCGAGGUUCGUGCUUCUACAUGGGCUGAUGAGUCUGCAGACCGAUCUCCAGGCCGGCUCACGUUUAACGCUUGGGAUUGAGAUGGGAAAAGUACACGCCUAUGCGACGACCCAUAAUCUUCACAACCCCGAAUGCCUGGGUGGUAUCAACAACAGCAGUUACAGCAUCCCCGUAUGGGCAAAUACUGUUGACGCAGCCCUGAACACAUGGUCCACAUCCCUCUUCUCCCUGCAGCCAUCGCUGUGCCUCGAAGCGGCCCGCCCCCUGCACCGCGUUGCACAAAUCACACUACAUGUCAGUGUGCUUGACAUCCACACUGUCGCCAUGGACCCGUAUUUGUUGUCCGGCCCUUCGCAUCUGAAUACUGAUUCCGGGACAUCCCUCACUAACACAAACACAACCAAGGCCCUGACACGCCUGCAACGCUGGGCUCAUACCGAAUCAUCACGCAGCGCUUGUCGAUAUGCGCUUCUCCUAGUGCAGGAAACGAUGUUCAGCGGGAAGCGCUACUUAGCCCGUGAGGAUAACGUCGCGCCGCGGCCGUGGUGCUUAUACAUUGCAGUAUUAACCCUCUGGGUCUACGGCCUUGUCACAGAGGGUCCUGCCUUGGACGGUGGAGUUACUGGGGCCGAGGAAUACAUGAUUCGAAUGACACGCGCGAUGCAGCAGGCUAAUCCGGCGAGCCCAGUCAUUGGCGGGACGAACCAGAUCGCUGGGUUGAUGAGGGCUGCAAGGGAUGCGUUGAUUGGGUGUCGGUGGGAGUUGUUGCAAGAAGCUCAUCUAGUGCUUCGGCGAUUGGGGGGUGAGACUUUGCUUGACACCGGCGGUGAUGGGAAGACCCUUAUUUAA